UGAGAUUUUAAUUAUAUUUAAUCCAGAAAUGGACUCUUUAAAGGAAUCAGCAGAAGGCCUCGGUCACUUCAAGGGAGACUUUCUUAGCACGCUCAAGGAAGAGAAAGAUAGCAAAGCUCUCUGGAGAGACCUCUACUUUUACGUCAUCGGAGACCCAAUGAAAGAUAAAGCAAAUAGAGUAAGAAGGUAUAUCAAAACUGAACUUAAAAGGAAAGCUACUUUAAACCAAGAGAUGACUAAACAUAAAUAAGAUGAAUAUUAGGUCUGUUAGAUACAAGAAAAGUUCGAAAAAGGUUGUCAGGAAGCCAAGUUCCAAGCGCAAACCAAGAUUAGACCCUCACAAAGAUUCCAAAAUUGGACUGCCUAACAUUGAAGAAGAAAUUCAAAUGCUGAAUAAGAGUUUGAAUAAUUCUCCAUUCAAAGAUGAAUUCAAAAAGAGGAACUUCAAAAGCCUCGAAACAAGAAGCUGCUUCAAAAAGCUUCCAUUUAUUCAACUCUCGGCUACCUUAGACCAGGACAAGCCUAGACAAGUAUCUCCAGUGAAGUACCCUCCUACUAAACUGAGUACAUCCAAGCUACUAGCUAAAAAUAAAAAUAGCUUAAAUAAGAUAUCAGUAUUUUUCCAAAACAGGAUAAACAGCCCUACAAAUCUCAAAAAUGGAGAGUUUGCAAUAAUUAAAUGCCCAUCUGCCAAGAGAUCCCCCAAGUUGCAGAAAUUAAGGCUUAAGGAGAAAGGUCUGAAUAUCUUUAAAAAUAUACAGAAAAGUCCUCUCUCAAUCCAUCGGUAUAGAGGAGCUGCUCCGAAUGUAGAGAGAAAUGUAAAAGUUGAUAAGGAAAUACUUUAUAAAAACAUGUAGUUCAUCCAAUAUAAGUUACCGUUUUCAAUAA